AAGUACAAUAACUUUAAUCGUUUCGGCACGUCCUCAAAAUCUGAACAAAAUUUCAACAUUCCAACAAAAUUUCGUAGUAUAAGGACCCAAAAUUUCGAGUUUCAGAAACAAAAACCAAAAAACCAACUUCGACUUACAAUUCCUAGUGUGUAGUUCCUAUCUUUUAAGGCUUUUACGUUAAUAUGGACAAAGCGGAGAAAGGCUCAAAACUUGCAAAGAACUUCAUGUACAUGUUGGAGCUUGUGGUGGACGAUCUGUUGAUAACGCGUCCGAAUGACUGUGCUCCGGAGGAGUAUCCCACCUGCACAGAGAUUACGUUCCGCUCGGUUUUUCUAAACAUCGUUGAUCGGGAGUAUGGGACUUGUGUCGACCCGUGCUCACAGAAGUGCGGAAAGUGCGCCCUUUUCACACUGAAUUCCCCGAUAACUAAUCAGGAUGUGAUGCAUAUUCACGUCUAUAAGAAGCGAUCCGAGAACUGCAAGUUCCUGCUCGGACUGACGGAGCUCCCGAUGAAGCCGAUCUUUGACAGAGUGAAGAAGGAAUUUGAUUGGCGUAACAUAAACUGGGAGGAGAACGUGUUGACGCACGUUUCGGGAUUGCCCAGUCUAAGGCGUCCUUGUAAGCAAACCAGUAACUGUGUUUGCUACGAGAAGCAUAGGCAGCGUCUCGAGCAAUGGUGUCCCACAUCGGAGCUCUCCAAGCGGAUGCUGCCUCUCUUCAAUCUCUGUCAGAUGCAAACCGGAAACAUAGUCCUGCUCAUGAGAUUGGUGUGCAACGGUCCUGCCAUGGUCUCCUCAUUUCCUGUUCAAGUUCCCAAAUGCAAGGACCCCUGCUGCUCGUGCUAUCCUUCCCCAUCGACAUGGCCUGCUCCUUGCUCGUCGCCGAUUGAUCCGUGCAAUCCUUGCAAAUCGGUGAUCACCAAGAAGAGAUAAUCCCGAGCUAGAGCUGUGCGGAGUUUUUAUUCCGUUUUAUAUUUCAUAACGAUAAGCACUUAAUAAUGUUUGUAAAGGAAGCUAAUAUAAUUUCAUAGCAUUUUAUAAGCAUAAAUAAAGACAUUUUAGCCUUUUA